AUUUGGCGAUCCGUACCCAACCUGGAAACAUUGUAAAGUUACAUCUUUUGGCGUCGCCCCUUCUCGCAUUUUGAAGGCACGAUCAGUUUGAAUCCAUCCUUUCCCCUGUUUUGCACAACAUUUAUAGCGGGGGAAGGAAUCGCGUAACGGAGACCGAUUUCGUUUUGUUCCCUCUUCGAAUGAUUCUCGGGUGUUGUAGGAUGGAUAACUUUAGUCCUGAGAAGGAUGAAUUUCUGAAGGAGUUCUAUAUCCCUAGUUACAUAUUUCUUCCUGAGUUACCUACAAGGCAUCCUUCAUUUGUGCCGAGUUGUCCUGUUGUGGUCUUCAUUAACACCAAAAGUGGCGGCCAGCUUGGAAGUGCUUUGCUUGCGACAUACUGCAAUCUUCUUAACAAACUUCAGGUUUUCAACUUGAAAGAGGAAGCUCCCGACAAGGUGUUGCAUAAGCUUUAUGGCAAUCUGGAGAAAUUCAAGUCAAAUGGAGAUCAUCUUGCUGCUGAAAUUCUGAAUAGGUUGAGACUAAUAGUUGCAGGUGGAGAUGGUACAGCAAGUUGGCUUCUUGGAGUGGUUUGUGAUCUUAGACUUGCUCGACCACCUCCUAUCAUAACAGUGCCAUUAGGAACUGGGAACAACAUUCCGUUUUCAUUUGGCUGGGGAAUGAGGAAUCCUGGGAUAGACUGUCAGUCUGUCAAGUCAUUUCUAGAGCAAGUCAUGAAGGCAAGAGAAAUGAAGAUUGAUAGCUGGCAUAUUAUUAUGAGAAUGCGAGUGCCAAAGGAAGGUUCUUGUGAUCCAAUUCUACCUCUAGAACUACCUCAUGCUAUGCAUGCAUUUCAACGUGUUUCAGAAUCAGACUCACUGACUAUGGAACGGCAUCAAACAUUUCGUGGGGGAUUUUGGAACUACUUCAGUAUUGGAAUGGAUGCCCAAGUAUCAUAUGCAUUUCACCAUAAAAGGAAGAAGCAUCCUGAAAAGUUUAAGAACCAGUUAGCUAAUCAGAGAACCUAUUUAAAGCUUGGAUGUACCCAGGGAUGGUUUUGUACAUCUCUUUUUCAGCCUACUUCAAGGAACAUAGCUUGUCUUGCAAAGGUCAAGAUCAUGAAAAAGACUGGCCACUGGGAAAAGCUUCAUAUUCCUAACAGCAUCAGGUCGAUUGUUUGUCUGAACUUGCCCAGCUUUUCUGGUGGAUUGAAUCCUUGGGGAACACCAGAUAAGAAGAAACAGCGAGACCGGGAUUUGACUCCACCAUUUGUUGACGACGGCCUAUUAGAGGUAGUGGGUUUCAAGGAUGGUUGGCAUGGACUUGUUCUGCUUGCUCCUGGAGGGCACGGGACUCGUCUUGCACAGGCUCGUGGUAUUCAGUUCAAGUUUCGCAAGGGUGCUGGUGAUCAUGCAUACAUGAGAAUUGAUGGAGAACCUUGGAAGCAGCCUUUGCCACAAGACAAGGACGAGGUUGUGGUAGAGAUCUCCCAUCUGGGUCAAGUCAGUAUACUUGCAACAGAUAAUUGCAUAGCUAAAAGUGUUUAUGAUGUCUCAACACAACCUGAUGAAGACUCGACCAGUGAAGAUUCUGACAACAGCUACUCUGAGGAGAGGAAGAAUUUCGGAGCAGCAGAUGCAUUCAGAUAUUAUGAUGAUAUUGAUCGUACUUGUAUUAGUUAGUCCGUACUUGGCCUUUUGAUGUAACCAGUUGUGGUUUACAACCUUUCACCAGCCGCAGUAUUUUGACCAGGACACCGUUGGUGGAUAAGCAGUUCUUUUUCUCUGUAUAUAUAUGUGUAAUAUGUAUCUUACCAAAGGAUUUUCUUAUAAAGAAAGAUUAUUAACGAGCUCAA